AUGUCCACAUUUCGAUUGACUAUCGAAGACGGCCAGUUCCGCGACGGCUACGGUAGACAAGUUGUGCUUCGAGGCCUCAAUGUCGCCGCCGACGCCAAGCUCCCCAGCGAGCCAGAUCAACCCUCGCACAUUGGCGACGACUUCUUCGAUGGCGACAAUGUCAAGUUUCACAACCGUCCUUUUCCCAAGGACGAGGCUCACGUUCAUUUCUCGAGGAUAAAGCGCUACGGAUACAACACCAUCCGUUACGUCUUCACCUGGGAGGCCAUCGAAGCCGCUGGCCCAGGACGUUACGAUGAAGAAUGGAUCCAGCAUACGAUUGAGAUUCUGAGGAUAGCUAAAGAAUAUGGCUUUUACAUCUUCAUGGACCCUCACCAGGACGUGUGGUCGAGGUACUGUGGUGGUUCUGGCGCCCCAAUGUGGACAAUCUACGCCUGCGGCCUCAACCCGCAGAGCUUCUCCGCCACCGAGGCCGCGAUCGUGCACAACACAUACCCGAAGCCCGAAGAGUUCCCCAAGAUGAUCUGGUCGACAAACUACUGGCGUCUCGCCGCCGCGACAAUCUUCACCAUGUAUUUUGGCGGCAGGGAUUUUGCGCCAAAGUGCAUCAUUAACGGCAUCAACAUUCAGGACUUUUUGCAGGGCCACUUCGUCGCCGCCUGCGCGCACCUCGCGAAGCGCAUACACGAGGCCGGCGACCUCGAGAACGAGGUUGUCAUCGGGUGGGAGAGCAUGAACGAGCCGGGCUGCGGUCUGGUCGGCUACCAGGAUAUCGCCGUCAUCCCCAAUGCGCAGAAGCUGAAGAAGGGCUCGUGCCCGACGAUCUGGCAGACGCUCCUCACGGGAUCUGGCCGCGCCUGCGAGGUGGAAACGUGGGACAUGGGUGGCAUGGGCCCGUACAAGGUCGGUCGUUCACUGAUUGACCCCCACGGUGAGAUGGCUUGGCUGCCCGCCGACUAUGACGACUCGAGAUACGGCUGGAAGCGAGACGAGGGUUGGAAGCUCGGCGAGUGCAUCUGGGCUCAGCACGGUAUCUGGGAUACGAAGACGGAUACCCUGGUCAAGAAGGACUACUUUUCCAAAAACCCUAGGACCGGGAAAACGAUCGACCACCCUGAGUUUACUAAUACGUAUUUCAUGGACUCUUACCGGUUAUACAGAGACGCUAUCCGCCCCAUUCACAAGAACUGCAUUAUGCUGAUGCAAUACCCGACACUAGAGCUACCACCUCAGAUCAAAGGCACCGCCGACGACGAUCCGAUGAUGGCCUUUUCACCGCAUUGGUACGAUGGUAUUACACUCAUGACGAAACGAUGGAACAGAGUAUGGAACGUGGACGUUGUUGGCGUGUUGCGCGGGCGAUACUGGCACGAGGCACUCUCUGUUAAGGUCGGUGAGACUGCUAUUCGGAACUGCUUCAAAGACCAGCUUGCGUCAUUGCGGCAAGAAGGCCUGGAUAGAAUGGGUAAUCACCCAUGUGUUAUGACGGAAUUCGGUAUCCCAUACGAUAUGGGCGACAAGAAAGCGUAUAAGACGGGAGAUUACUCGGAUCAGUCAGCUGCCUUGGAUGCCAACUAUUUUGGUGCCGAAGGCUCGGGUAUGGAAGGCCACUGUUUGUGGGUUUACGUUGCAAAGAACACUCACGAGCACGGUGAUCUCUGGAACGGCGAGGAUCUGUCAGUCUUCUCACUAGACGACAAGACACUACCCAUGUCGCCUCUCCCCCGCAGCCCAUCACCCAACCCGUCGUCAGACCUCAAGCGCAACUCCAUGAGCAGAGACGUUCCGGACGAAUCGACCGUCACGCCGGAAAACCUGCAAAGCACAAUCACGAACCCGUCGAUAUCAUCCGCCCCCUCCAAGGACCCAGAGCUGACCAACGCGCCGGGCCUCCGCGCCGCCGAGGCCUUUGUGCGGCCGACCCCCGUCGUCGUGGCGGGCGACGUGCUCGAGUACGGCUUCGACCUGCGCAGCUGCACCUUUACGCUCAAGCUCAAGGCCGCCGCGCCUCCAUCCGAGACGGCGCCGACGGUGGUGUUCUUGCCCGAGUUUCACUACCCACAGGAUAACUGCACGGUCGAGGUGUCGUCGGGCAAGUGGGCGAUCAGCAUGGAUGAUGACGAGGGCCCGCUGCUGCAGAAGCUCAGGUGGUGGCACGCGGACGGGGAGCAGACGCUCAAGGUUACGGGCUUGGUGAGGCAGCAUAACAUCGUCGAAGGAUCCGAGGAGGACAUGGGGUACCUGGAGCAGUGCCAGCAGAACUACGCUAGGUGCAGCGUGAUGUAA